CCCCCCCCCCCCCGCCAUAUCAACUCAUGCAACAGUAUGAGAGUAGUGCCCGUUACCUUGGGAACAAGAGAAAAGAAUGGGGAUACAGAAAGGAGGUUCAGGUAUGUGGGCACUCUGGUUCCUACCGGAGUCGCGUGUGACGUUGAAAAUGGCAACCUGGUAGCAUUGGUAAGAGCUAAGCAAUCUGGUGAUGACGUCGGCUUUGAAAGCAAGUCUGGUCGCCGAUUUUGUGCCACUGCGUUUUCUUCUCAAAUCCCUCGUCUCCCGGGGUGAUCCUUGAGAAGUUGAGCCCGGGCCUCGUGCGAGGGGGGUUAAGAGCCAUGGAAGGUCGCUACCCGACGACGGAGUUUGGGGGGGGGGGGG